AUGCUUAUACCUAUCCUAAAGAAGAGAUAUAAGACAAUAUGCGAGGACUACCGCGGCAUAAGCCUCAUCGACCUUGCCGCGAAGAUCCUCGCAAUUGUCUUUCUCAGGUGAUUCCAGGCUGUGCAUGACUCUAGGACGAGGCCCAACCAAGCCGGGUUUUGUGCUGGACGUUGGCGUGUCGACCAAGUAUCCACACUGGGGCGCAUUCUCGAAUUCCACUACAGCUACGAGCAAUCGACGGCCGUCUGCUUUGUCGACUUUGCCGCCGUGUUCGAUUCUCUCCAUCAUGAGUCCCUAUGGUGGAUAAUGGCAAUAGAUGGCGUACUGCGAAAAAUAGUCGCCAUGCUCAAGACCUAUUAUCGCUCCACCACCGAACGAGUCCUGGUCCGCAACAUCCUUUCCCAGCCUUUAGGUAUUCAGUCUGACGUUCGACAGGGUUGUAUCCUGUCGUCCAUUCUGCUAAACUAUUCUAUUGACUGGAUUCUCGGGAAAGCCCUACGCAAAGGUGACGGUGUCGAGUUUGCACCCGGACGCCAACAGACUGAUCUCGACUAUGUCGAUCAUAUCGCCUUACUAGCUUCAAGUUUUGGUGAUCUCUAG